AUGCCGAAGCAGAACGAUAAGCUAGUCGGUACAAUAACACAAGUGCCGCAACUAAGUCUUGCCAAAGGUUUGCUACCCAAGUAUUGCUCAAGUACCGCACAUGUGUUGCCGAUGUCUUCCCAAGUACAAUCUAAGUACCGUCAAAGUUUCAGUCUAGUACCACUGAUGUACUGCCCAAGUAUUGCUGCUCAAGUGCUACCUAAGUGCCGCCAAAGUUAUUUUUUAAUACCACUACAGAAAGGCCGACUAAGUACCGUCGAAGUGCCACCGAAGUACCACCCAAAUACUGCUCAAGUACCGCUUCUUUUAUGCCACUUAAGUACUGAUGCUCAAAGGUUGCCAAAGUGCCACUGCACUAGUACCACUUUAGUGCCAUCGAUGUCCCGUUCAAAUACUGCUCAAAAUGAAGAUAGUACACAUAGUAGAAUCGAAAAUAUGGAUGCAGAAAGUAUUUCAUCAGAAGGAAGCGUUGGAAAGGCUUUCUGCGGUAACAGUCAACCAGUUGUACGAGAACUGCUUUGGGAAAAAGAGAAUAUCGCUUUGGCCUUAGAAAACUUACCAGCUGGUAAAGCGGCACUAACUACUUUACCGACUGUGGACAGAAAUCAAUUAUCUAGUGUUAUUGAGAGAAUAAAAUACAAAAAUUUUCCUCCAAAGGUCGAUUCAUUAGAAUUAAUACCAAAAUUUGCUAAUGGUUGUUUACGAAAAGAUUCAUUCAUAGCAGAAAAUGAAGAAGCUCUAGCCUCCACACCAGAUGAACUACUGAUGAAAUGGCCAAAUACAUGUCUUUUGGUCUCUUGCUGGUUUGGACAAAUUGAUAUUGUUAAGCUUCUUCUGCAGAAAGGUGCGCAAGUCAGUUAUUGUGACUGUGAUGGUAGAACAUCGCUACACCUUGCAGCAAGCAUAGGAUCUGUGGAGAUAGUGGAAGAAAUACUUAAGUACAAUGCAGAUCCUAAUACCUGUGAACUUAAAAAAAAUUACACUCCACUGCACUGUGCAGCUGCAGCAGGUAAUGCAGAUACAGUUCGGUGUCUUCUCAAAGCUGGCGCAGAUAUUAAUAUUGGCUUAUCAGGCAAAAGCCCAUUGUAUUAUGCUGUCCAGAAUGCUGGACAAAACAAAGACGUCAGCUGCGUUAGGAUAUUACUAGAAGCAGGUGCAUCGCCUAACAAUCCACAGGUGUACACGGAAACACCACUACACGUGGCAGCAAGCUUGGGUUUGGCGGAAUGCAUCGAGCUACUGCUAAAAUAUGGAGCCGAUGUACGAGUACAAUUUGGAAAUGAGCGAUCCACGCCUCUACACCUGGCAGCCGAGGAAGGGAAUCUAGAGUGCACACGGCUUCUGCUUCAAGCCGGUGCUAUUCCAGACGUUACCAAUUCCCGGGGUCAGACAGCAUUACAUCUAGCAGCUCUAUCGCAAUCAGCUGAAACCCUAGAUAUUCUCAUAGGAGCUGGAGCAAAUGUCAAUGCUGGAGACGACAACGGAAGGUCUCCACUGCACACAGCAGUUGCCAAGGCUGUCCGGGGUAGCGACUUGAUUCGAAUUUUGAUUAGCGGAGGAGCAUUGGUCAACAAGCCUGACAAGUUUGGUUACACACCGCUUCAUAUUGCAGCCCUGAAUGAAAACUCAUCGAUAGUAACAUAUUUAUUAGAGAAGGGUGCAGACGUGACAGCUCGUACAAAGGGAGACGUAUCAGCACUCAGUUUCAUCGUCCGUCGGACCCCGGAUGUGCUCACGGACUUUGUCACUCGACUGGACCAGGCAGUAGCUCUACACGACCAUGAGCUUGGAGACGUCGACUGCGAGCUUCAACUAGACUUCCGACCACUGGUGCCAGGGGUCCGGAGUGAAAGCGAUCUAAUGAUAUGCCUUGUGGAAGUUGGCCAGAGGCACAUACUGAAGCAUCCACUUUGCGAGAGUUUUCUCUACCUAAAGUGGCUGAAAAUCCGCAAAUUCUUGCUAUUUAGCCUGAUAUUCCACUCGGUCUUCGUCACAAUAUUCACAAGCUAUGUCGCGGUCACCUACCUAUGGGAGAUUGCCAGAUUGAGUCGUAUCCUUUUUUGGUUCGUUCUACUCUUUACAUUGAUGCUUGCCUCGAAGGAGCUCUUUCAGGUCGCCCACGGCGUAUGUUUAUACGCAAAGGGCUGGGAAAACGUGCUACAGUGGAGCGUUAUUCUGUUGACGGCGACGGUAUUGGCCGAGCCACCGGACGAUUGGGAGCAACAUGUCGUCGCUUUGAGUAGUCUUUUUGUCUGGCUGGAGCUAAUGAUGGUCGUUGGCAGAUUUCCAAUGUUCGGCCUCUACGUCCAGAUGUUCACACAGGUGGCAAUAAACUUCUUCAAGUUUCUCGGUGCCUACUUGUGCGUUAUCGUCGGCUUUUCUUUGGCAUUUAGCGUCUUACAUAAGAACCGCGAAUCCUUUUCAAAUCCAUUUGUAAGCUUUUUGAAAACCGUAGUAAUGUUGUCAGGUGAGCUGGAGUUUGAGGACGUGUUCUAUGAUAAUGAUGCACCAAUACUUUAUCCAGGAACGGCACACUUGAUGUGGCUUGUUUUCAUUAUUCUCAUCACCGUCAUUUUAGCUAAUCUUAUGAUGGGUCUCGCGGUGUCGGACAUACAGGAGCUUCGUCAAAGUGCGGGUCUCGACAGAUUGGUCAGACGGGCCGAGUUAGUUACCCACUUGGAGAGCUUGCUGUUUUCUAAGUUGCUCGAUUAUGCGCCUAAAAGGGUUGUCCAAGCCUGCCGGAGCAGCGCCUUGUUGUUGCACCGGCCGCAUCACUGCGCCUUCCAUAUUCGGCCCAAUGAUCCGAGAGAAAAGAGGUUACCUAGGGAGCUCGUUAAAGCGAUUUAUCGUCUAGUAAUAGAGAGAAAGUCCAAUAACAAACUUUCUGCUAACUCGUUGACACGCAAUCUCAAUAGCGACGAAUUCAAAUCACAUCAAAUGAGAAGAUUUUAUAGUAAUUCCUCUUUUAACGGCAAUAACGGACAAAUAGGUGAUCCGGAAACUGAGCUGAAGAAAUUUGCUCUAACAAUUGAGUCGAAAUUGAAUGAAUUAGUGUUUCAGGUAAACAACCUUACAAAGAAUAAUAAUGUUGUGAAUGUGAAAAAGUAA